AUGGCAAAUAACAAUGGAGUCUACUCAUUUCAAUUUCCUCGCCUCACAAAAGAAAAUUAUGGAACUUGGUGUCUGAACAUAAAAGUCGUACUUGGCUCACAAGAUGCAUGGGAUAUUGUUCAGAAAGGUUAUGUACAACCUGAAAAUGAAGCCAAUUUACCACAGAAUAAGAAGGAUGCUUUAGCGAAGAAAAAAAAGAAGGAUCAACAAGCACUCACCCUCAUCCAUCAAUGUUUGGAUGAUUCAAUGUUCGUGAAGAUGGCCGAUGCAACUACCUCAAAGGAAGCAUGGGAGAUUUUGCAAAGUUCAUUUCAAGGAGUUGACAAAGUGAAAAGAGUGCGACUCCAAUCAUUACGAGGUGAUUUUGAAGCUUUGCGUAUGAAGGAUUCUAAGUCAAUUUCAGAUUAUUGUUCAAGGGUAAAGGCCAUCGUAAGUCAAAUGAAAAGGUAUGGUGAUCAGAUUGAAGAUAUUCGUGUGGUGGAAAAAAUUCUUCGUUCCUUGACUCCAAAGUUUGAUGAUGCGGUUUGUGUCAUUGAAGAAUCCAAAGAUGUAGAAUCUUUGUCACUUGAACAAUUAGAAGACUCAUUACAAGCCUAUAAAGACAAGAUAAAAAGGAGGGAAGAUGAACCACUGGAGCAAGCUCUAAAAGUUUCUUUGAAAGAUGAUAAUGGCGACACUAACCACAAAGGAUGA